AUGAAUGAAGUUCGAAAUUAUAGGCAAUUUGAUCAUGAGGAUAAUUUAGAUGAAAUGAUUGAUGAUGCAUAUUAUGAAUCAGAAGUAGAUCUCGUUAAGAUUGAAAAUCUUCUUAGUGAGGCUGAAAAGCCGAUUUACUCUGGUUGCACUAAAUUUACAAAGUUGUCAGCCUUUUUUAGAUUGUACAAUAUGAAAGCCAAAAAGGGAUGGAGUGAUAUGAGUUUCACGGAAUUAUGGCAAAAGAAAAGGAAUUCAGAGGAAGAUAAGGAAGGAGUACCAACAAAAGUUUUGUGGUAUAUUCCUCCAAUUCCUAAUUUAAUUCGGUUUUAUCGAAAUGUUGAUCAUGCUAAGAAUUUAACUUGGCAUGCAAAUAUGAUAAUAAAGGAUGGUAGACUUAGACAUCCUACUGACUUACCAGCAUGGAAGUCAGUGGAUUGUGAAUGGCCUUCAUUUUCCAAUGAACCUAGAAAUAUUCGUGUAGCUCUUUCUACGAGCGGAAUUAAUCCUCAUACUUCUCUCAGUAGUAAGUAUAGUUGUUGGUCUGUUAUGCUAGUCAUAUAUAAUUUACCGCCAUGGCUUUAUAUGAAGAGGAAGUUUACCUUAUUGACCUUGCUGAUAUCAGGACCUAAACAACCUGGUAAUGAUAUUGAAUUCUACUUAGCUUCCCUAAUUGAUGACUUGAAAACUUUAUUGAAUGAAGGAGUUAGGGCUUAUGACGCAUACCUAAAAGAAGAGUUUACCCUUCGAGUGAUGUUGUUAUGGAAAAUCAACGACUUCCCCACUUAUGGAAAUUUAUCUGGUUGCAGUGUAAAAGGAUACAAAGAUUAUCCUAUUUGUGAGGAGAAGACUUUCUCUCAAUAUUUGAAACACUCCCGCAAGGUGUGCUAUAUGGGACAUAGAAAAUUCUUUCCCCGGAGACAUUAUUUUAGAACUUGGAAAAAUGAAUUCAGUGGUGGACAAGAGUUUGGUUUGGCUCCAGUUCCUUUGAGUGGGAAUCAAGUACUUAAUAAAGUAUCUGUAAUUCAGUUUAAGGUAGGAAAACCUAUUGUUUGUCCAAUUAAGAAGAAGAAGGGUCGUGGAAAGAGUGUUGGUAAGGAUAAGACUGAAGUUAGAAUGACUAGUGCAGAUGAGUCUAAAAGUCCUUGGAAGAAAAAAUCAAUUUUCUUUGAGCUUGAAUAUUGGGAAAACUUACUUUUGCGACAUAAUUUAGAUGUUAUGCAUAUUGAGAAAAAUGUGUAUGAUAGUCUAAUAGGAACUUUGUUAAAUAUUCCUAGUAAAAGUAAGGAUGAAUACUUGCAUGGUGUGACAAGUGUGGGCGAUCAAUCUACAUUAAAUAAAAGUAAUGGUGGUUAUGGUGGAAAAGGCAGUGUUGUAUGCUCAAUAACUCAAGAUGAAAGACAUGAAGCACUUUGUCUUGUAUUGCAAAACAUUGAUGAGAUUCAACCUUACAUCGAGGAUCAUUUCGUUUGGAUUCGAAAAAAAUAUCCAUCUAAGUCAAAGAACCAAAAAUGGAUCCAAGAUGAACACUAUCGUACGUUUAGUACUUGGUUAGAGAACAAGGUUGCAAUUGAAGUGACCCAAACAUCGAGUCAUGUGUCGAACAUAGUUAAGUGGAUUUCCCGUGGUCCUUCUUUGAAUGUGUUUAAGUACCCAUCAUACAUCGUCAAUGGUACUCAAUUCAAUACUUUGGAACGAGAUAAUGUAAGAACCACACAGAAUAGUGGAGUUUGUAUUGUAGCAAAAAUUAUGCAAAUCUCUAGUUCAAAGGACCAAAAUCUUGUAGAGUGUGAUAUGACAUUUUAUGGAGUAAUCCAAGAAUUUUGGGAAUUAGAUUAUAUUACAAAUAGAGUUCUAGUCUUCUUAUGUGAUUGGGUGAAAAGUGACAAGGGAGUAAAGGUUGAUGAUUUAGGUUUUACAUCAAUUGAUUUAAAUCGAAUUUGGCACAAAAAUGAUCAUCUCAUAAUGGAAACACAAGCCAAACUAGUUUUUUAUGUGAAUGAUCCAUCAAACAAGCAAUGGUCAGUCGUGGUUCCUACUCAACUGAUAGAUUGGAGAGACAAAGAGAAUGAUCUUACCGAAUACCCUAUUGAUGAUGGUGUAGAUGAUGACGAUGUUUGUUUGCGUUUUGAUGGUGACGAUAUUUCCAUGGCUGAUCCAGGAGGUUUUUAUGAUGAUUUUCCACUUCCUGGACUUGAUGAUGAUUGUCUACUUCCUGGACUUGAAAAUGAUGUUGGUCAGGAGGAGAAUGAUGAUAAUGCUAUAGAGGAUGGGAGAUCUGGUAGGGGACUAUGUACCAUGCCCGACAUAGCCAAGAUGUGA